GGCCGCCGGGGAGCGCGGGCCGAGGCUCGGGGCGAGCGGGCGCGGGCGGGCAGCGGCCCCGCGGGGUGCCGGGCCCGCAGUGCGGGCGGAGCCGCCGUGAGGGGGCCGCGGCCGGCGGAGAGGCCGCCGCUGCCGCAGGGACGGCUCCUGCAGCCCGCGGCCGGAGCCGUGCGCGGGGCCCGGCCGCUCGUCCGGCCGGGAGCAGUGUCCCCUCACGGGCCGAGCCGAGCCUCUCAGAGCCGGCGAUGCUGGCGGCACCAGGGUUACCCGCAAGGAGCCCUUUGGGAGCCGCUGCUUCGGGGAGGAGAGCCCUGCAGAGCUUGUCCCUCUCCCCGGAGCACCCCACACUGCACCCGAGCAGCAGCUAGGGUUUAGGAUUUCAGACACGAUGUUAAAUUCUAAAUCUUGGUUUGAAAUUUUACAAAAUUCGUCUAUCGUUUAUUUUUUUUCAAGAAGCAGGUGAAGAAAAACACGCAGGUAGACCGCACUUUAAAACAGACCUUAAAUGCGUUUCGCCUCAGAAGGAGCAGACAGGAGGGCUGAUAGGUAAAAGGACAACAGAUAAAGAAGUCUGUCUGAGGAGGAUCAGCUCCACAAGUCAAAAUGAGGUCACCUGACAAAGGAAUUUUCACGAUGCCUUUGGGGAAAUAGAAAGGAUAUGUAGCAACGGAUGGCUGAAGUCUGCAUGGAUCAAGGCUUUUCGCACAGCAACUCUCGUAUUGAACAGUCAGUAGCAAAGCUAAUAAAAAAGCAGGAUGUCUGCUUUGCCAGCAGAAAGCUGCUGUUGUUGCAAGGCUCCACCUGUCCCAGCCAGGGGUGCUGUGCUGGGGCUGCUCCUGGUAGGGCUGCUCAGCCCCCGGCAGCUGAGCAGGAAGGAAGGAAGGGACAAAGCAGUGGCUGCUAACUGGUACAAAUUUGCCAGAGCCCUGUCUCUCAUUAUCUGAUUGUUUUCUGAUGUCUUCUGGGGUUUUCUGUUGAAGUCCUGGGGAACUAUAAAAGCAGUUUUUAAGGCUGUCACAGGUACAUAAUCUCAGACAUUAUUUUUCCUAGAAAGCAGAGAUAGGUAACAUUUCUUGCUAGUAGGGUAGUUGGGUAUUUGGCAGGCAGCUAGGGAAACAGAAUAUUAGAAAGCAGUUUUCAGGGUUUCUAAUAUCCAGUCCCUAAAUACCUCGAGUCUGCAGGAAAUGAGACAAGUCAUUUCAUUGCUGUUGAGGAACUGAGAGAAUAUCCAUCUGUUAUGAUCACUUGGGUUCUUUGUCCUUUCUGAUGUGCAAACAGAUACAGUCCUGUACCAAUACCCAGUUUUGCAAAGGAACAGGGUCACUUUUUUUUCUCAGAUGCAAAUCUUUCAUUGACACCUGCGUCUCAAUGUCUUGAAAAAAGUUUGGUUUUCUACUUCACUUGUUGGAUUUAAUUAAAUAGUAAAUCAUCAACUCUUCUGUUUCUUUCCAGGUUACUUUGAUGAUAGUGAAUAAACAGAGGCUUGUCUUGUCUCUGAGAAAAUAGGGUCUGGCCUGAAUGUUUGAAUUGCUUCAUUAUAAAAGAAAAUAAGCUUAAGAAUUUCCUGAGCACUCUGUUCUCAGUAGCAGGAGUUCUGAGAAGAGGAAUCUUGUCCAUUCUGUCAGACGAGAGGAUUGUAAAAAGCUAUGGAUUUUUUACUGACCAGAUUUAACCCUUAAAUGUAUUUUUGCAAUGUACGCUUUGUAAUGUUUACCAAAAACUUCAAGUUAAAGCAAACCCCUUAAUUGUUAAUAUUUUCUGUGUAGAAAAUACUUUGUGGCUAGAUGAGAAACUGAAUUUAGCAUGUAGCAUUUUCCAGAAAAGGCUCCUGAUUUAGUGGCAGAGACUGUACAGCCUGAGAAGGAAUGCAUGUGUUUGUGUCGCUGUGCAAUUAAAGCUACAGUGGAAAGUGAUUAUAUAGAAAAAGUAUGAUGUAGGCUGCAAUACACCAAAUAAAUCCAUAAAUUAAUAGGAAGGCUGCUUUGAUAGCAUGGGAGGGGCACUGGUUGCAGCCAUGCAGCAGAUUGGGGAGUGCAGCAGAGGUGCUGUGUUCAGUUGCAGUGGUUUGGCUGCUGCUGAGACAACGGGGUACCUGAAAACUGCCAUUCCCAGCCUCAGGUUUUCAUUCACCUGCUAAAACACUCAAAUGUGUUUUGGAUUGGAUGCUUUUCUAUGACAUGGUCAUUAUAGCACCUACUGGAUUUGCUCUGUUGAGUUCAUUAGGCUAAGCUGUAAAGGACCCUACAGCUGUAGAAAGAGCAAAUUUAUUGAACAUGGCUAAGCUGAGUAUCAAAGGACUCAUUGAAUCUGCCUUGAGCUUUGGGCGCACUCUGGAUUCUGACUACCCUCCUUUGCAGCAGUUCUUUGUUGUCAUGGAGCACUGCCUGAAGCAUGGCCUGAAAGUAAGAAAAUCCUUUCUAAGUUACAAUAAAACCAUCUGGGGCCCUCUGGAACUUGUGGAGAAAUUAUAUCCAGAAGCUGAGGAAAUAGCAGCAAGUGUCAGAGAUUUGCCUGGCCUUAAGACACCGCUGGGCCGUGCCCGGGCCUGGCUGCGGUUAGCGCUGAUGCAGAAGAAAAUGGCCGAUUAUCUUCGCUGCUUAAUCAUUCAGAGAGACCUCCUCAGUGAGUUUUAUGAGUAUCAUGCCCUGAUGAUGGAGGAAGAAGGAGCAGUUAUUGUUGGGCUGUUAGUUGGGCUGAAUGUGAUUGAUGCCAACCUGUGUGUGAAGGGAGAAGACCUGGAUUCACAAGUUGGGGUGAUUGAUUUCUCUGUGUAUUUGAAGAGUGAUGAUGACAUUGGGGGUAAAGAAAGAAAUGUACAGAUUGCUGCAAUAUUGGACCAAAAGAAUUAUGUUGAAGAACUAAACAGGCAACUGAAUAGCACAGUUAGCAGUCUACAUGCAAGAGUUGACUCACUGGAGAAAUCAAACACUAAACUGAUUGAAGAGUUAGCAAUAGCAAAAAACAAUAUAAUUAAACUUCAGGAAGAAAACCAUCAAUUAAGGAGUGAAAAUACUCUGAUUUUAAUGAAAACACAGCAUCAUCUAGAGGCGACUAAAGUGGAUGUGGAAGCAGAGCUGCAGACGUACAAGCACUCGAGGCAGGGCUUGGAUGAGAUGUACAACGAAGCUCGCAGGCAGCUCCGGGAGGAGGCCCAGCUGCGGCAGGAUAUGGAGAAUGAGCUGGUGGUUCAAGUCAGCAUGAAACAUGAGAUAGAGCUUGCCAUGAAGCUGCUGGAGAAGGAUAUCCAUGAGAAGCAGGACACCCUGAUCGGCCUGCGGCAGCAGCUUGAUGAAGUGAAAGCAAUUAACGUGGAAAUGUACCAAAAGCUGCAGGUUUCUGAAGAUGCUAUGAAAGAAAAGAAUGAAAUAAUUAGUCGAUUAGAGGAUAAGACCAAUCAAAUUAAUGCAACCAUGAAACAACUAGAACAAAGAUUGCAGCAAGCAGAGAAGGCUCAAAUGGACGCUGAGGCUGAGGAUGAGAAACUUAAACAGGAAUAUGUGAAUAAAUCUGAAAGCCUGCAGAAUGAAUUCUCCCAGAAGGAGAAACAGCUGCUUCAGCUGGAAACAGAUUUGAAGAUAGAAAAAGAGUGGCGGCAAACCCUAGAGGAUGAUCUUCAAAAGGAAAAGGAAACUGUAUCUCACCUGAGAACAGAGACCCAAGAAAUAGUUAACCUUAAGAAAGAGUUCCUUAAACUUCAGGAAAAGAACAAGCAACUGAAAAGCAUAUGUGAGGACCAAGAAGCUGCUCUCCAAGAACUGGCAUCCAAGCUGAGCGAAUCAAAGCUGAAAAUAGAAGAUAUAAAAGAAGCGAACAAGGCAUUGCAGGGCCAGGUUUGGUUGAAGGACAAAGAGGCCACUCAUUGCAAGCUCUGUGAAAAGGAAUUUUCGCUUUCCAAAAGGAAGCAUCACUGUAGGAACUGUGGGGAGAUCUUCUGCAAUGCCUGUUCUGACAACGAGCUGCCUCUGCCCUCUUCCCCAAAGCCUGUCCGGGUCUGUGAUUCCUGCCACGCAAUGCUUAUACAGAGGUGCUCUUCCACUGUGCCAUAAGAUAUUUGUCCAUUCUGGUCUUUAGCUCAUCCUGUAAAAACCACAACACCAACUAAAGAAUGUACAGCAGUAUUUCCAGACUUUCAGGUAAGCAGUGUGGAGUUGCAGUUUCAAGGUGCUGUGGACGAGUUUUACUUCUCUGCUUCCUGUUUAAACAAAUGGAGACAAUGGGACCCACAUGUAGAAAAUGCACAUCUAAAAAGAAAAAAGCCCCACACGUGUAUGUUGGUCUGCCAAAUGGCUCAGCAGCUUUUUUGGUAGGAAGCAGGGCAGUUCAUACAGGAGACCCCGUGCUGAUGUGAAUUGGAUGAGCAUUUUAGUUGGUAAGAUGAUCUGGAGAAAGGUGAUGCUCUGACAGGCUGAUGUGCCACAAGUCUAACCUAAUUCUGCUACAGUGUGCCUGUGAUAGGCUGCUGUGAAGCAAACCCAAGCACUAGCUGGUUUUAGACUGUACUGGAAAAAAGCAUGGCAAUGAAUGCCGUGGUCUGAGAAGUUCUUGCCAAUCCCGAUGUUCGUUUCCUUCCUCUCCAUCAGCAGGGUUUGGUACAUCCAGGAAUGCAGCACUGGCAGCUGUUCAGGCUGUGUUCAGGCUGUGCAGCCCCAGGUGUGAGGGGAGCUUUGGUCAGCCAGGGAACAAGCAGUGCCAGGGGCACUUGCUGAAGGAAGGAGUGUUUCACAGAAUGAUUUUUUCACAUGAACUAUUAAUUUGAUGUAUCUGUGUUUCCACUGAAAGAGCUGUUCAGCACAGACCUCUUGUCUGACAUUGUCUGUAACCUUGAACAAGUCUCUGCAUUAUUUUCAUGCAAGUCAUGCUCUCAAGCUUGUUCGUGUAGUCACUGCAUAGCUCUAGAAACCACCUAGAAGGACUGGGAUUAAAUGCUGGGAAUCACAUUCUUUCUGUGUUGGACAGGGAGGCUCUUCCUUAUUUUGUCACCAUCUUUCUCAAACUUUCAGAGUUGGUUCCUAAACUUCAUUUUUUUCCAGAGCACUUUUGAGCCCUUCUGAGUCUCACCAGCCUUGUCACUGAUGGUAACUUUUGCUGGAAUGUAAAGCCCUUGUUCUUUCCAUAGGCAGAUAGAGAUAAAAUCCUUUGAUCAAUUGCCCUUCCUGCACUCCACCCUCCUCCCUUUAGCCACUCCAGCCCUGGGCCCUCCACAGUGACCAGCCCCAGAAUUCCUCCAGCCUGGGCCUGGAGCAGCACUGCUGGCAGCAAAAGGGAGCUGCAAACUGGUCUUUAAGUUGUCCUUGCACUUUGUUUAGCUUGGCUUUGUCUCUGAGGAUAGGGAAUUAGUGGAUAUCCUAAAAGCUAACAGAGCUAUUAUUUUUAACACCUCAAUGUAGUUGCUCAUGUAGCUUUUGUAAAGCAGAAUGUUUUUAAAACGACCUGAUGUAACUUUUUGUAAAAUACCACACAAAUACUUGUAAAUCUGUAAAUAACUUUUGGAAAAAAAUAAAUUUAAGUUAUCUGCAACUUAACUAAGAGAAUAAUGUCACUUAAUUUAAAUUUGUAACUCAGAGUAUUUUAUUCUGACUUGUUCAAGUUGCUUAGAAAGCCUUUGCCUGUGAUGGGGUACCCUGCAAGAGGCACCAUCAGGUGCUGCUCACAUGUUUCCUUCCAGGUGGGCUUUACGUGGGGCAGGCGUGGAGGCAGCAGGGUCUGAUGCAGGGUGGAGAUGGCAGGAUAAAGCUAAUCUGUACUGAUUUGAUGAGGAACUUGUCAAAAGGGAGGCAACUAAAUAAUUUAAAAUAGGCAAUCUUUUAAAAUAAGAAUAUCAUGCAUUUCCAUAACGUGCAAUAAAUCAAUUUGUUACUUAAGUGCCAUCUUUUCCUCCCCUCUCUGCUGUGCUAUUUGCAUAGAAGUGUAUAAUUACUCAGAUUGCUGUUACUGACUGCAGGUGAGAUUUCUGCCUUGAACAGAAUGAAUGCUGGAUGUUCCACAUGGCUUCAUUUGCCUUGGCAUCAAACUGCAUACCUGGCCUGCUUUUAAGGUUUUUGGACAGCACUGUGACUAAUGCUGAAUCUUUGUCUUUCUGUAAAACCCUGCUCCUGAGGCGAAAUCCUUCUCACGGAGCACAGGAAGAGCUGUGCGGUACCCACGAGAACUGGAGCUGUUCAGGCAGGCUCAGAGCAGCCUUUUGCUCCUUUUGGAGAAUGAGGCGGCUCCUGCCGUUGUGCUCUGGGGGCGGUAGCCAGUCCCCAGCGGCACUCCCGUCUCGCUCCGGGAGCGGGGGAACGCGCGGCCCGCCCUGCCGGCCCUGGCGUGGCGCUGCCCGCCGGGGCUGCGGGACACGGCGUGAAGGGCCCCGGGCUCACGGAGCGGGCACAGCUCUGCCCAGGGCUGGCAGGAACGACGCCUGUGCCCCUUCAGAGCUGCUUCAGCGAGCUGAAGGCUGCUCUCGCUGCGGGGCCUCACUGUCCUGCAGUGCCAGUGCCUGGCUGGGGCUCAGGUGCAGCGGGCCCUGCAGAUGGCCCGGCUGUACUCCAGAGCUCAGGGAAGCCCAGGCCGCUCUCCAGAGGCGAGUCCCAGGCAGGUGCCAGGGCUGCUUCUCCAUGAUGGAACCCCAGGUGCUCCCAAGAGAGCAGGCGCUGCAGAGCUGCAGCGUUGAACUCUGCUGUGCCCGUGGCAACAAGAGGCUUCCUGCAAGUGCACCUUUCCUCCAGCUUACUAGAAGCUGCUUUCCCUGCAAUUGAAUUAACUCUGGUGCUACCACUGCCUCAGCUUUUCUGGCAACCAAGAACCCCCUAUUUCUGCAGAGCAACAAUGGUUCAAAGGGCUAAGGACUCAUUUUCCCUCCCAUUCCUAGCCAACACUGCUGCAGUGCUUGGAAAGCUCCCUGUGCCAGUUACCCUUUCCAGCUCUUCCAGGCCCUUUGGCACCCAACACAACCUCUAGUGAAAUAAACUCCAUUCUCCUCUCUCCCACAAGAAGACAUUUAUUACAGAUAUAACACAGUACUAGCAAAACAGGUGACAGACUUGCAAUACCCAAGAUCACAUUUGACAUUUUAAGGGAGGCAUUGAGGACAAAGCAGUUAAUUUGGGAGAUCACACUGGCUCAGAAGAAUAAAUACCUUUUUCCAUUACACAUCAGGUAUGUUAAGUGUCUUCAAACAGUAAGUUUCUUACAUAUCUUACAUGUCACAAAUGCACAAAGUUUUAUCAACAUGUUUGGGUUGUGUUUUACUGAAGAAGUAUUGGGCCUACAGAUAUUUUAGAAAUCUUGCCUUCUAAUGAGCCCCCUGUGUAAAAUGGCUAGGCAAACUGAAUACAUACAAAUCGGCUCUG